CGGCAGCCUGCAAGAAGACAGCAGAGCAGGCCCACCAGCACCUCCAUCAACACAAGCUUCGACGUUUAAACGUAAAAGAAACAGUAUACAUACCUGUAAGGUCCCGCAAUGCCGUGCUCGUGCGUCCAGUGGCGGCGAUGGAUCCGCCCGCUGGUUCUGCUCCUAUACGUUGUCCUGCUGUUGGCUGUGGUGCCGUUGUGCGUCUGGGAGCUGCUCAAGGAUAAGGUGGGGACUCACGGCAAAGCAUGGUUCAUCGCCGGUGUCUUUGUCUUCCUCACCAUUCCCAUCUCGCUGUGGGACAUCCUGCAGCAUCUGGUGCACUACACCCAGCCGGAGCUGCAGAGGCCAAUCAUCAGGAUACUAUGGAUGGUGCCUAUCUACAGUCUGGACAGCUGGCUGGCCCUGAGGUAUCCCGGCCUGGCCAUCUACGCGGACACGUGCAGGGAAUGUUACGAGGCGUACGUCAUCUACAACUUCCUGGUGUUCCUGCUUAAUUUCCUGAGUAACCAGUAUCCAAGUCUGGUGCUGAUGCUGGAGGUGCAGCAGCAGCAGGAUCACCUGCCACCGCUUUGCUGCUGCCCGCCCUGGCCCAUGGGAGAAGUGCUGCUCUUCAGAUGCAAGCUAGGAGUCCUCCAGUACACUGUGGUUCGGCCCGUAACCACGGUGACCGCGCUGGUCUGUCAGCUGUGUGGCGUUUACGACGAAGCCAACUUCAGCUUUCGCAACGCUUGGUCCUACCUGGUCAUCAUCAACAAUAUAUCGCAGCUGUUUGCCAUGUACUGCCUGGUGUUGCUCUACCGAGCGCUAAAAGAGGAGCUGACCCCCAUCAGACCCGUGGGCAAGUUCCUCUGCGUCAAACUGGUGGUCUUCGUCUCCUUCUGGCAGGCGGUGUUGAUCGCGUUCCUGGUGAAGGUGGGCGUCAUCUCGGAGAAACGUACAUGGGACUGGGCCAGCGUGGAGGCGGUGGCCACUGGACUGCAGGACUUCAUCAUCUGCAUAGAAAUGUUCCUGGCGGCCAUUGCGCACCAUUACACCUUCACUCACAAGCCCUACAUACAGGAGGCAGAGGAAGGAACGUGCUUGGAUAGCUUUCUGGCCAUGUGGGACUUCUCGGACAUCAGGGCCGACGUCACCGAGCAGGUCCGCCACGUUGGUGAGCGCGCGCCCCUCCCUUCUGCCGCCGUUCAAACGAGAACACAAAAGAAAAGCCGAACCUUUUUGUCCCUUAGGCCGCACCUUCCUGGGCCGACCCAACAAGAUGUACUUUGGCGCGGCCGCCCGACCCGAGCACAGCGAACACACCGGGCUGCUGUCUCAGGAUGCCGCGCCCGCUUCUGUGCCCACCUCGCCUUCUUCGACCGGUCGCUACCAAGGCCUCGGACACACCGUGGCCCCGCACUCUGUCUCGGCUCCGGCGGGUUUCACCGCGGCAUCCUGGGCACAAGACGACGAUGGCGACCGCUCACCAACGCAGGCGGGAGAGGCGCAUUAACAGGUCAACAUGCAACGCUUGCUUCUCAGUGUCAUGAAUGGAGCUGGGCGACCAAAUGCAGCUUGGACCAGGGUUUAUUGAAGGAACUCAAAAGUUCCUCGACUUGGUACGAGAAUAACUGAACAGAAAGACCAAACAAGGCGAGAACAGACAAGCAACUAGAGAAACACGAAACAAGAAGACAUGCGACGCAAACAACCCGACAGGAGUGAGGGACAGACAGGACUUAAAUACAAGACAGCUAACGAGAGGCAGGGUGAGGGUGAUCACACUGAUCAGGGCACAGGAGGGGAGGGGCGAGCACACAGACACGCCAACCGAAACUAUGACAACAUUAAAACAAGGAAACGAACUGUGACAGAUCUUGACACUCAGUCAAGAUGUGCCACUUUGUCAUACUUCCUUGAUAUCAAUUCCAUCUUAGGAAAUUUCAGGGAGCACAAAAAAUGUCCCACUAGUAGUAUGUAUAUAAAAAUAGACUUUAAGUUUACAUAUUAAGUCUGCUUGUUUUAUGUGCAAUAAACAAUACGGUGAAAAUCAAACUGA